AAACUUAAAUUUGUUAUUGAAUGAAUGGGACCCGGAAGCUUCUAGCAUAGGUGGCAACCCAUUGACUGAUCAAUGGAGUCUUUUAGGAAAUUUCCCGGAAACUUCUUGGAUGACUCAAGGUGUUGACUAUAUUGACUCGAGGGAUAUUUGAAGACCAGGGCAUCCUUCCCUGUUUCCACGACGCCCGAGACUGAGAGGCUAUCAUGUUGAGAGACCGCGCCCAGAUCGAAGCACACCCAAAGCAAACUUUCCUUGAGAGAACGAGAGGGAUAUGAACAUCUGUGGUGUUUAAAGAUCCUACAAUGGAGAGAGGUUCGAAUUCACAGGCGUCAUCCGGACCUUCAUACGAGGUUUUUCUCAGUUUUCGUGGACCCGACACCCGUCAUGGAUUCACCGAUUGUCUUUACCACGGUAUGGUUGCGGCCGGGAUUCUCGUCUUUAGGGACGAUGAAUCCCUCCGUGUCGGUGAAAGAAUUGGUGGUGAACUUCUACGAGCAAUUGAGAAUUCCAAGAUCUACAUUCCCAUAUUCUCCACAAAUUAUGCUUCGAGCCCCUGGUGCCUCCGAGAGCUUGCAUACAUGGUCGAGUGUGCCUCGAAAUUGAAUGGGAACAAAGAGAUUCUGCCGAUUUUCUUUGACGUGGAACCUGUUGAUGUCAAGCUCAAAACAAACUUAUACAGACAGAAUCUUUCGCAGAUCCAGAAGACGUUUCGCAGUGAAGUAAAGUCAUGGGAAAAGGCUCUCAUUGAUGUGGGCAAGAGAAAAGGAUGGAACUUGAAGAAAGAUGAAGGCCAAGGAAAUCUGAUCCAAUCGGUAAUUCAAGCUAUCUUGGCUAAGCUGAAUGUCAGUUAUAAAAAUGUGACUGAACAUCUAGUUGGAGUUGAUGAUCGUGUAGAAGCUAUAAUCAAGAUGUUGGAUGUGAAAUCAGAUAGUGUGCAGUUCCUCGCAAUACAUGGAAUGGGCGGUGUUGGCAAAACAACACUAGCCAAAGUCGUCUUCAACCGACUGUCUUCUCAGUUCCAAGGCUGCAAUUUCCUUUCAGAUGUUCGAGAGUCCUCAGAACGACAUGGCCUGGUAUAUUUGCAAAAACAAUUGUUGUCCAAGUUUCUUGAUUCUGGUUCUGUCAACCAAAUUUAUGACGUGGAUGGUGGGAUCAACAUGAUUAAGAGGGUACUUUGUAAUAAAAAAGUUCUGAUUGUUCUAGACGACAUUGAUGAAGACAAGCAACUGAAAAGUCUGGCAGCAAAAGAAAAUUGGUUCGGUUCUGGUAGUAGGAUUAUCAUUACUACUAGAUACAAAAAUGUUCUAAUGAUUGAUGGAGAAUCAAUAGGUGAAGGCCCUUUGAAGUCUGCUAAUAUUUCAACUUAUGAAGUACAUGAAAUGGAAUUUCAUCAUGCACUUAAGCUUUUCAGUAGACAUGCCUUCAGGAGAGAGACUCCACCCGAUGAUUAUGUCUCCCUUUCGGAAAAAGUUGUCUCCACUUUGGGAAAGCUUCCUUUAGCUCUUGAAGUGACAGGUUCAUCCCUUUCAACUAAAUCUCAAGAAUUUUGGGUAGACACUUUGAAGAAGCUAGAAAAAGCUCCUUCCAAAGAAGUGCAAAAAACAUUGAUGAUAACUUAUGAAAGGUUAGAUGAUGCACAAAGGCAAGUAUUUCUGGAUAUAGCUUGUUUUUUUGUUAACGAGGACAAAACCUACCCAUUCUACAUGUGGGAUGAUUGUGAAUGCUUCCCAAACAAUACCAUUGAAGUCCUCUGUCUCAUGUCCUUGAUAAAAAUCAAAGAUGGCAAUACUUUUUGGAUGCAUGACCAAGUACGGGACCUCGGAAGGGCAAUUGUGCACGAAGAAAAUUUCAAAGAUCCUUGCGAGCGUAGCAGGGUGUGGAAUCAUCGGGAAGCCCCGAGCAUUCCGAAGGCGAAAGAGGUAUAG